AUGACCGCAGUUCACGGGUGGCACCGAGGGGAACAACUAGCUCGACGAAAGUUUGGCGUCGACAAAAUCGCAUCUGUUGCAACACUCUAUACUCAUAUUCGCGCUGAUGUCCCCGAACAACAUUCCGCCUUCUACUGCUCAAGCAUCCAGUUCCUUCCAGUUUGCAUUCUUGACGAUGCUCAGCGACCAUGGGUCUCUAUCCUCGCAUCAACGGAUGGCGAGGUUGGAUUCGUCAAGUACCCUAAACACAAUACUCUCACUAUCGACGCUAAACCAUGGCCUGGCGAUCCUUUUCAUCGGUAUUUGAGCAAUAUGAAUUGCAAGGGAAGAUCCAAUCUCAUUGGAGGAUUGGGCAUUGAGGUCUCCACUCGCAAAAGGAAUAAAUUUGCCGGACAUAUGACCAAGAUCGAAACAAAUAAAGACGACAUACAUAUUGAACUUGAAGCCAAUCAGGCAGUGGGACAUUGUCCAAAGUAUAUCACCCUGCGAGACCUCCUUCCCCACCCAAAAACGUCGUGCUUCCUCGAAGAAGAUAGGCCUCGCCUACUGCAGGACGACAAAUUAUCACAAAAUGCUAUCGAUUUUAUUCUUGGAGCAGAUACUGUGUUUCUAGGAACGACGUAUAGUGCGAUGGAAGAAGAGUCGGCACUGUAUCCGUCUCACCUUGGAUUAAAUCACCGUGGCGGAAGGCCAGGCUUCAUCCGUGUAAAGCCUUCGGAUGGUCGUACCGUGGUUCUCCCUGACUUCAAAGGCGCAAAUUAUUUAAAUUCCCUCGGGAAUAUCGAGGCGACUCCAUUUGCCGCAAUGGCAUUUGUGUCGUUCGCCACUGGUGACAUUCUGUAUCUGACGGGAAAUGCUAGGAAUCUGCAUGGCGAUGAAGCGCGAGCCAUUAUGCCUCUUCAAGAGAUAUUAACCGAAAUUUAUGUCACCGGUUAUACACUCGUCCGUGAUGCUCUUCCAGUGCGUCAGGAUCCGGCGGUUAAGGUUGAAAUCAGUCCUUACAGUCCCGCCGCUCGCUUCUUGGCCGAGGAAGUUCAUGAAGGGCAAUCUGUGCAAGAACUCGAACGCCCCACAGCAUUGCUAACUCGCAUCAUUGUCCACACUCCUACUCUUGCCACAUUCGAGUGGGAAGCGUCGUCCCCUCUUCAUUACAAGCCAGGCCAAUCGGCUAUCUUGGUGUUUAGUCCAUCCUUCGUUAACUCCCAUUUGUCAAUUGAGGGAGAAGGAGACUCUAAAGAAGAGUUCAUUAGGACGUGGACGAUUUCAAACGCAUCAGAGACAGAAACACCAUUAUUUUCACUCACUAUGCGGGAAAAACCUGGGGGAAAGGUUACAGGUGCUCUUUUUGACCUUGCUCGGAAGUUGUCUGCGAAGGGUCAGGCCGAAAUUCUCGAUAACUCACGAUCUCUAGACUUGAGAGCCACUAUAACAGGCAUUAGUGGGGAGUUUGUACUUCCUCAAAUCAAGCCCAACCUCCCUGUCGUCAUCGGCACGAAAGAAAUUAAACACAUUUUUUGGAUCGCAGGAGGCAUUGGCAUCACUCCUUUCAUCGCAAUGUUAGCUGCAUUGUCCGAUAUGACCUAUCACCCGCUUUGCAACAUCACUCUUAUGAUCUCUGCUCGGGAACCGGACGUCAUGUUGUCGCUAGUUUCAAAGGCGAUAAAUGGGCACUCCUUUCCUCCUUACUUGUCUAUCCAUAUUUUUACCAGUGACAAGAUUGCUAAUCUGCACCCGGAGUUGAAGUUCUGUGUUCACACUGGACGCAUUCCCGCUACCUUUUUCGAGGAUAGAAAGGAUUGCCUGACCGCGGAUGGGACAGAAAUAUAUUUGUGUGGCUCAGGGCCAUUUGAGGAAUCUGUUUUGAAUUCGUUGGGUCGUAUUGGCACUGACCUUGGGCGUAUUCAUCGAGAAGGAUUCGCAUAUUAA